ACUUUGACCAGGAGGUCGCUAUAACUCUGGCCACAUGUCUCUGUCAGCUUCUUGUCAAUCAACUCAAUAAUAAUCUUUUUCCACAAGUUGUAGACGAGGAGUCCGUGGAAGAUUCAAUAGGAUCACCUUUAUUUGUGCUAUUUAGAAAUUUAUGUCAAACUCCAGAGGAAGAUCCUAGUCGGCAGCCUUUACUUACAUUAAUUGGUGAAAUGUAUGCCAAGCAAUCUAGAAUAGGCUAUUAUAUGCUUUACUACUUAAAAGUAGGGAAAAUUGUGGAUGACAAGAUGUCAACAUACAAAGAUUUUUGCAAAACUUUAGAAAACAGAGAUAUUGAGUCCUGUUUAAUGACAGACCUAAGAUUAUGUCAAGAGGAUGACGUGCGAUUGUUCACCUAUCUCAUCCCAGACAUCUAUACUCAGUUUCCAAAUAUUGCAAUUGGGAGUGCAGAGCUUCUUCAUCUUAUUGUGUCUUCCAUUGAUGGCUCUCAGCUUCAGGAUCUAGUAUGUCAAAUACUCCAGGGGCAUCUCAUCAUGUUCAGGAAAGACUCAUUCCUCUCUAUUCUAAAUGCCAGUUUAGAAUGGGAGACAAUAGAGCAAUACUUUCUUUGGCAGCUUAUAGCAGCACACAACAUACCUGUGGAGCACAUCAUGCCAAUUCUUCCAAAGUUAGAGUUCCAAACUCAUGCAGAAGCCUUGUCAAGCAUCCUUAUACAGCUGAAGCAGGAAUGCCCUUCUGCAGAAUUGCUAAGGCCAAUAUUUUGCCGUGAGUGCAAGAAGCAUGACUACUUCUCUGUGUCCAUACUUAAAUAUUGGGCCCAAGAAUAUGAAGAUAAACUGGCAGAUUUGGUGCUUGCUCAAAUAUCCAAGUCAAAUCCAUCCACACCAAACAGGAAAAGGCAAAGAAGUACAUCAACAAGUAUAUCAGCAAACAAAAAGGAGAAUCCAACAAUUGAACAAACUCUGUCUCACUUAGAUCACAUGAGACAAGUUUGUCGAAAUAUUUCAUUCAUUACACAUGAAUCAAUGCAACAGGCUCUCCAGUAUGUUCAGUGUAAUUGCACAGAUUCAAUAAAGAUGAAGUAUGGUGAUUUAUUAGCCUUAGCAGAAGAUUUUGAAGAUGUAAAAACCACACGUGUUCUCAGAGGACGAACUAAAGCCAAUACUAGUCCCAAACCAACUGCCAGCAAGCAGAAGAAAUCACCAGCCCAAGCACCAAGUGAUAGCUCUUCAGAGAGUAGCGAGGAUGAAAUUGUCAAACCAAAAACAAAGAAGAGGAAACGAGGAGCAACACCACUUGAUGAAGAUGAAGAUGAUUGAGGAAUUGAACAAAGAAAUUUUAAUCUUAAAAAUACUUUUUUAAAUCUUGCUGGAGAGAAAAAAAUAAUGAUGAUUACAUAUGGCAAUACUUCCACAGUCAUUUUCAAUGGUGCAUUGCUUUAAUAGUGUAUACCAUACCAUGCAUCAGUAGAUUUAUUGAAUGCACAUAGUGCAGCAGUUGAUUUUCUGGUUUGAGAAGAAGCCAUAACUGUUACAAUAACUUUUAGUGGUGAUCAAGUUUUGAAUAUAAUAAACUUUCCAGGUUGUAACUGUGAAUGUCAUGUGUAUAGCAUAUUUAAUUUUUCAACAUAUACAGUACCUUUGUGUCCACAGAAGACUGGCUUGACCAAUAUUACGUUUUACAUGUAUAAAGCCAGGAAAAGUGUACAUUUUCAAAGUUUAUAUUGGUUUUCUGUCUUUGUAAUUUACAAAAACAUAAGUGCAAUUGAAAAGCACUUUG